UCGGGCACUGUAAUCAAUGUCACAGUUUUACUUACAGCAAAUCAUUUAGGAAGUUUUACUUACAGUUUGUGUAAAUUGGAAGAUCCCAACGCUCCAGAAUCUGGAGAAGAUUGUUUCCAAGACUUGUUAUUGGAAGAUGGAUCCUCUACAUUCGAAAUAAUGCCAGAUGAUUUUGAAGUUCAGAAUAGAGUUCAGCUUCCCGAAAUCAAAUGUGAACGAUGUGUUUUGAGGUGGACUUACAGAUGUGGAAAUAGCUGGGGAGUUUGCGAAGAUGGAGUCGGUAGAGUGGGUUGUGGACCUCAAGAACAUUUCCGAUCCUGCUCUGAUAUUGUCAUCGUCUAGUCACCAAAGCGAUAGAACAUUCUAAGAAACUUAGUUCUACAUGAAUCAGCAUAUCCUUUCUUUCUUUCUCACUGAACACCAGUGACUUGUUGAGAAUGUAUUUGGAAAUAAAUUAUUAUAGAACGUUA